CUGUUCGGUAACUGUCAAAAAUGAAAGGAUGCUGUAUAUCUCGUGUUGCAGAUAUAACAUUGACGGUUUUUUGAGACAGCUUCGAUCAACAAGUACGUCGCAGCGACAGCGAUAAGCGGUAGGCGGAGACACAGAGCUCGAUGUAGCAAGAUCGCAGACUCUUCUUCUCUAAAUGCACCGCGUCGCAUCGCGCCGCGCUGCGUUAUUCCGCGGAUAUCGCGCGAUUACACCGAGAAGUAACCUCUCGAGUCCGGAGUCCGGAUCGUCGCGCAAAAUCAACCUGCUACGUAUAAACGAACCGAGACGCGCAUCGCGACACGAUCAUGGCGUGUCUGCUGUCGAACCAGGAAAAUGUGCGUUUAAAAAUACCGUCGGCCGACACGGUGGACGGAGUCACGUAUUACUGCAUCGAGAUUGGAAUCGCAUCGAUCAAAUGGACCGUGAGGCACAGAUACAAUGACUUUGCGGAACUGCACGAUAAACUCGUCUCCGAGCACUGCGUGGAGAAGGAUAUUUUACCGCCGAAAAAACUCAUUGGUAACAAGUGCGAAGCCUUUGUGGAGAAGCGCAGGCAGAGUCUCGAGAUAUAUCUCAACGCCGUUUAUAAUUAUUUAAAGAAGGCGAUGCCUCGAGAAUUGGCUGUAUUUCUAGACCUGCAUGUAUACGAUAUAUACUUUCUUCUACAAAGUAUGGCUCUGGAGUUCUUUACCAAUGGCAAUACUCUGCUACAAAAUUCAAGUUAUAAAUUUAAUCCUGUACAGCUAUAUGCAAUUAGCGAGAGAUUGAAACAACCAUGUCCAUCUUUGGAAGUUGUGGAUAAAAAAUACGACUUUAGUCACGUUUUGGAUUUUAAUUCUCACUUGAAUAGUCUCACGAUUGAAGGAAGUUUGGAACCUUAUAAAACUAGUAAUAUUUAUUCAUCCACAUUGUCCAUAGAAUUAUCGACCUUCAAAAACAUACAGUAUCUGACAAUCGAUCAAUACCCCGUGGAUAAAAUUUAUAAUAUGGGAAAUCUUCGAGAUACUGUGACUAUGCUAAAAGUUACCAACACUAAGCUCAGAAACAUUGUAGAAUUUGCCAUGUGUGAAGAGGUUCAUAAAAAUAUCAUAAACGCUAAUGAUUCUCAUGUGUGGUUAAAAGUGACACAUUUAGACCUCAGUGAUAAUCGCAUAGAAGUCAUUGAUGAAGCAAUUAAAUUGUUACCGCACAUAGAGUGUCUGACAUUGAACAACAAUCAUUUGUCCGAGAUUUCUAAUGUUACGUUAUUGCCGAGAUUGUCUCAAUUGUACCUAGCAUCGAAUAAUUUUACCAAUCUGCCGGAUGACCUUCAUACAAAACUCGGAUAUAUCGUAUACAUAGAUCUGUCGCAAAACAAAUUAACGUCUCUCGCUAGUUUCUCGAAAUUGUACUCAUUGGAGGGAUUGGAUGUAAGCUGCAAUCGCAUCGAAAAGAUCGAAGAAGUAAAACAUAUCGGUCAUUUACCUUGUCUGGAGAAUCUGAGAUUGACUGGUAAUCCUGUAUCGACGAUAGUGGAUUACAGAGUUAAAGUUUUGGAGCCAUUUGGUAAGAGAGCUGCCGACAUUUGUCUCGAUAACGAGAAGCCGAAUCAAAAAGAACUCGAUACAGUAUCGGUUCAUCAAGCGUUGCGCAUCGCGAGAGAAGGUAAAUCACCAACGUUUACCGCAUCAGACGCGCCACUAUUUUCCGCCGAAGUCCCGAGUAUAUAAAAAUUUUAACCGUACUUUUAUCUUUUAUUACAAUAAUAUUAUCUGAAUAAUAUUUAUAUACAAAGAGAAAAUGUGUUUUAUACCGCAUCAUAUAAAUUUUAUCAAUUAGUGACAGACUUCUUU